AUGGGAAAAGGACGUCAAAAGGAUAAGCGAAAAAACACUGGGCGAGCUGGGAGGAAACAGCUUGACAAACAUCUCAUACAGAGACAGCCACAAGCCGAGGAAUCUGGAAGCAAUCAGAACCAUGUCAACGGAAAUAGGAUGGCAUACCAAAGCUCUGAAUCAGGUUCAGACAUGGAGAUAAGUUGUGAGAUGUCACCAAACUUGUUAUAUAGAGCUGCCUGGAAGGCACAGAUUACUGCCAACCAAGCUAAAGAAAAUGCCAGGCUUAUUCAAAGGAAAUAUGAGGACACUGUGGACCACACGCUCAGCCUAGAAGAAAGAAGCCCUGAUGAUGCUCCACUGAGGAAAAAGCGAAAUUUAACAGACUCACAUGAGGAUGAAAAAGUAGUAAAGCGGCUCGGACAAAAGUUUUUGAUCACGCAUAUGCUAUGGAUGCAAGAUGCUGUCAAUACAUUUGAUACACCGGUUGACAAUGAAUACAGUCACUUUUGCCGCUUUGAAGACAAAGCCUCAAAAAUCCAAGGGCAGCUGAGGGAUAUCAAGGAGAUAUUACCCCUUUGCUUUCAUAGUUUGCUUGGUGAAAUGUGGUUGGGACAGAUAUUCCGUGAUGGAUGGAAGAAGGAUAGGAUAGGAAAACUUACUUGUAAUCCAUGGCAAGUAGAGAAUCUGCAUAACAAUCACACUGGAGAAAUGGAGGUCGACAAUAUUUUUUUGAACCAGGUUCUAAUGCUUGAAAACCAGCCAUUCUAUGCAAUGAGGAAUAACGAAACCAUGGACAUAAAGUGGGGGCUUGACCACACUACUCCAGGGAUGAUAGUGGCAUCAGCCGUUCUGCCCCACUGGGCUCUUUCCCCCAAUGAUUCUCUCAAGGAACACAGUGCUGACUCUGGGAUAGAUUGGCAUGAUGACUUUGAGAACUACCUUGAAUACCUCAUGAGUGGCAUACAAAAACAAAAGUCAAGCGUACUUAAUAUAUUCCGCCAGUGGGACCAGGUUCUCUUCCCAAAUGCAAAAAAGGGAUUUGGAGGAAGGGUAAGCAAGGAGGAUAGAGAGGAAGAUGAGGGAAGCAAUGGCAGCGCUGAAUGA